AUGUCCGCCGACGCACUUUCCUCCCUCUUCGCCCUCUCCAACAGGACCAUCGCCAUCACCGGCGGCGCCCGCGGCCUCGGCCUCACCCUCGCCACCGCCGCCGUCGAAGCGGGGUCGCACGUCGCCUGCCUCGACGUCCUCGCCGAACCCGCCCCGGAGGAGUGGGAAAUCCUGCAAAUCCUCGCGCAGGCCGCCGGCGUAUCCGCCACCUACCGCCGCUGCGACGUCACGUCCGAGGCCGACGUCGAGGCCGCCUUCGCCGCGAUUGCCGGCGAGGCCCAGGCCCGGGGCUCCGAGCUCGCGGGCGCGCGCAUGAUGCGGGUCAACGCGGCGGGGGUGUUCAUCACGGCGAAGCACGCGGCGCGGACCAUGAUUGCGCGGGGUGUCAAGGGUAGCAUCGUCCUCGUGGCGAGUAUGAGUGGGCAGAUUGCGAACCGUGGGCUGUUUUGCUCGGCGUAUAAUGCGAGCAAGGCGGCCGUGCAGCAGCUCGGGCGGUCUCUGGCGCAGGAAUGGGGCCAGUUUGGUAUCAGGGUCAACACUCUGUCUCCCGGCUACAUUAGGACAGCCAUGACGGACGACCUGCUCGCUGCGGAGCCCGCGCUCGAGACGUUUUGGAUGGCCGGUGCCAUGCUCGGCAGGCUUGGCGUACCCGCCGACUUCAAGGCCCCUGUCAUUUUCCUGUUGUCUGACGGCAGCAGGUUCAUGACGGGCGCUGACCUGAGGGUCGAUGGCGGACACUGCGCCGCCGCAUAA